UCCACGGCGACGUACCACCGCAGACCCGGCCUCACACUCCCAUCGACCCGCAGGCGAGGAGGACAUCUCGUCGCUACUGUCCCCGGCAGCGCAUCCGCAAGCCCCAGGCCGGUGCUCGCCCCCUCGCCGGAGACACGGGUGGAGACGAUGCUGGAGGCCAAGCCUCCUCCGCCGCAGAGGGCGAUGAUGCUCGCCGACCUCAACGUCGACCCGCCGGAGAGCGACGGCGAGGAUCGCCCACCAACCCCCAAACCCAAUCCCGCCGCCGCCGCCGCCGCCGCCGCCGUAGCAGCCGCCGCCGCUGCUCCGGUGGUCGCCGUCGACUCCUCCACUAGGAGUUGCAACGAGGAGGGUAGUUUGGCAAAAAACACGACCGCGGCGAAGGAGCCUGAUACUGUUGAAUGCGAAGAUGUCGAGCAACAUUGUCCAGGGGCUUCCGUUUCACGCGAGGAGAAAGUUAGCAGCCUAAAAGCUGCUCUGGUAAAUGUCGCCCGGAAGAUGCCUAAGAAUGCUCAUGCCCAUUUUAUGUUGGGUUUGAUGUACCAAAGGCUUGGUCAGCCACAGAAGGCAAUAAUAGCAUAUGAUAAGUCGUCAGAAAUAUUGCUACAAGAUGAACAAGAAGUGCGGAGGCCUGAUUUACUCUCAUCAGUGAGGAUUCACCAUGCUCAGUGUAUUUUGCAAGCAAGCAUGGGCGAUAGUUUUGACGAAGAGCUUGACACUAGUGAAUUGAGUGAAAUCCUUGUUAAGCUGAAGAGUUCCGUUGAAUUGGACCCCAGGCAGGCCGCUGUUUGGAACAUUCUUGGUUUAGUUCUUCUUCGGGGUGGUCAACUUCAGAGUGCUAUCUCAGUUUUUUCUACUCUCACGACUGUUGCUCCAGAUUACCUGGACUCGCUUGCCAAUCUUGGUGUUGCAUAUAUUCAAAGUGGGGAUCUAGAACUGUCCACAAAAUGCUUUCAAGAGCUCGUUCUGAAAGAUCAAAGUCACCCAGCUGCUCUGAUGAACUACGGUGCUCUCCUUCUAUGUAAAUAUGGGUCUUUGGCCGCAGCAGGGGCGAGUGGUGCUGUCAGUGCAGGGUCUUAUCUGCGUCAGAAAGAAGCCUUGGUUGCUGCAAAAGAGUGCUUACUUGCAGCUGUGAGGUCUGAUCCUAAAGCCGCAUCGGUAUGGGUCAAUCUUGCAAAUGCAUAUCACAUGUCUGGUGAACAUAGAAAUUCAAAGAGGUGUUUGGAGCAGGCAGCAAAAUUUGAACCCAAUCAUAUGCCUGCUCGGUAUGCUAUUGCAGUUCACCGUAUCAGAGAUGCUGUAAGGUCGCAAUGUUCUGAUGAUCAGCUUAUCUGGGCUGCAAGUGAGAUGGCAACGGUUCUAAAAGAAGGAGACACUUCAGUAGUUGAUCUCCCAGUUGCAUGGGCAGGGUUAGCAAUGGCUCACAGGGCACAACAUGAAAUUGCAGCUGCUUAUGAUGGUGAACAGGCAAUUCUAAUUGAGGCAGAAGAGCGAGCUCUUUAUACACUAAAGCAGGCAAUCCAAGAGGACCCAGAUGAUGCUGUUCAAUGGCAUCAGCUUGGCUUAUACAAUAUGUGCACGACUCAGUUUAGUCGAUCUGUAAAUUUUCUCAAAGCUGCUAUAGCUCGUUCUCCAGAAUGCUGCUAUGCUUGGUCUAAUCUCGGUAUUGCGUUGCAGUUAUCGAAUGAUCCGUCCUCUGAAACUGUGUAUAAACGGGCACUAGUGCUAUCGUCAAGCCAGCAGUCAUACGCAAUCCUCUCGAACAUUGGGAUCCUUUAUCGGCAGCACAGGUUGUAUGAACUUGCAAGAAAGAUGUUAUCCAGGUCAUUGGAAAUUUGUCCCGGAUAUGCACCAGCCAAUAACAACCUGGGGCUUGUGUUUGUCGCGGAGGGCCGUUGGGAGGAUGCUAUAAGCUGUUUCGAGAAUGCCGUGAAGUCUGAUGACUUGCUUGAUGCUGCCAAAUCGAACCUGGCAAAAGCCCUCACAUUGGCUAAGAAACAGUAGGGCAAGGAAGGGAUGAUGAACGGUGAUGACCUUUCAGCCUCGCGCCGGAGCUUCGAAUUAGGAGGACUAGCCCGUGCAAAUCUCAGAUCUGGAAUGUCAGCUUUCAAGGGGCCAACUCAGAAGCUAUGCUUGGUGACUUCUAAUGCUGCUGCCGUCCGUGUGUCGUUGAUCAGCACCCAGGCUCCGCGUUGCUGUGCUAGUAGGUUCUCUGUGGCCGGCCACUCGGAAAGGGCCCAGAAUCUGUAGUAGAAUUUGACUGCUGUAACAGGCAUGUGACAUGAACAUGAACCGACUGCACCUGUACCAUGUACAUAACACCUCACAGGUUUAGUUGCAUACACAACUCACCGUCACUGUAAGAUCAGUUGCCACUUCGCCAGCUCUAGGUUUUCUCUUGGAAGACUCCGUCUCUGGUAUGAAGUUGUGUUAACACCAUUAUCAAUAUUCGGUAGUGUCACUUGAAGUUUGUAGGAGUUCCCGACUCCCCACUACUAUGGACGCAGCCUAUUUCUGUAUUUCCCCACAAAAUAUGGUGCCUUGGUUCCCCUUUUA